CCCAUUUUGUAGGUUUUCUCCAGUACGGUCACGCCCUGGCUGCCGGAGCAUUCCAAAGUGUCUUACACAAUGUCGCAAGCUUUCUUCACUGAUCCACUGGGCUCUUGGCCAUCAGACGUUCAAGACAUAUCACUCGAAUGCAGCACAUUUUCCGCUUCUCCCAACUCGUACAUAAUUGUUUACAACGAGGAAUUCGUCAUCAAGAACUUAUUGAAACCAAACUCGGUCGACGUUGAUAAUGAAAGACUCGGGCGUGAAGUUGAUAUGACGCUUCUCGCUGGCAAUCCUGGUUGUGCCAUUCCGAUCAUCGGCCGCUACUUCAGUCAUGGGAUGAUAAUGGGAUUUAUCACACGGUUCGGGAAGUGCAUCACGCAAGGACCAAGAGACGACAUUCGCCCAGAGUACCAUGACCAUCGCCUCUCAGUGAUUCAACAGUUUUGUGCCCUGCUGGACAGGCUACAUUCCAAGGGUAUCAUUCACGGAGACGUGAAGCCAUCUAACCUCGUCUUUGAUGCGGCAGACAACCUACGAUUCAUCGAUUUUGCCGAGGCCGUGCUCGAGUCUGAGCCCCCGUGCAGACACGCCUCAACAACACGCUACGUCUCGCCUUCUUCCCUGAAAACUCGUUCUCCCUUAACCCGUGCAGACGACCUGUAUGCAGCUGGUAUGACGAUUUGGCACAUUUAUACCGGGCAUUUACCGUUUGAAAACAUCGAAGAAGAUGACGUGGAUUUGCUUAUUGAAGAGGGUCUUCGCCCAGAUCUCAGUCUAAUUGACGAUGAAGGCGUCAGGGCUCUAAUUAGCGAAUAUCUAGAUGGUGGUGAAUGAGCUUUUCUACGUAUGUAUUACGGAGUCGGCCGAAUGAAUGUGCCUGAUGAUAUGAUGACU